UGCGAGAAACACUGGGGAUUCAUGUGUGGGGAAAAAAAACGGGUGGCCUAGCCUCACCUUUCAAGCGCGUCAACCCUUAGGGAGUCCCACCUUCCAAAACACUGACGAGGAAAUCACGCUGCCAGCUUCCCAUCCACCAGCUUCCCAUCCACCAGCCGACUGAAGCGCGCACUCAGCGUUUGGACACCCGUCUGCUCUCUCUGCUUUUUGCCACCGCUCUUCUGAAGAUUAUAGAAAAUAUCAAGAAUAAGCGGGCAAACCAUCCCCGCCACUACAUUCAUAAAGGGGCGUUACGGAGAGAGAGAGAGAGUCGGACAAGUGUAACAUAAGUGAUCAUGAAGGACCGCACGCAAGAACUUCGACACGGGAAGGAGACUGAGGAGGAAGAGGAGGUGGCCGUGGGCAUGGACAAAGGCUUCAUGGAUGAAUUCUUUGAGCAGGUGGAGGAGAUCCGUGUGUUCAUUGAGUCUUUGGCUGAGAAGGUGGAGGAGGUGAAGAGGAAACACAGUGCCAUCCUGGCUGCACCCAACCCCGACGAGAAGACGAAGGGGGACCUGGAAGUUCUGAUGACGGACAUUAAGAAGUUGGCCAAUAAAGUUCGCUCCAAACUAAAGAGUAUCCAACAGACCAUUGAGCAGGAGGAGAGUCAGAACAAGUCUUCAGCUGACCUGAGGAUUCGCAAGACACAGCACUCCACGCUGUCCCGUAAGUUUGUGGAGGUGAUGUCAGAGUACAACGCCACCCAGUCAGACUACAGAGAGCGCUGCAAGGGACGCAUCCAGAGACAGCUGGAGAUCACUGGGAGGAAUACAACAAACGAGGAGCUGGAGAGCAUGUUAGAGAGUGACAACCCAGCGAUUUUCACCUCAGGGAUCGUCAUGGACUCCAACAUCACCCAGCAGGCGAUGAACGAGAUCGAGACUCGUCACACUGAGAUCAUCAAGCUGGAGAACAGCAUCCGUGAGCUACAUGACAUGUUCAUGGACAUGGCCAUGCUGGUGGAGAGCCAGGGGGAGCUGGUCAACAACAUUGAGCAGAACGUGUGUAAUACCCAGGACUAUGUGGAACAGGCCAGAGACAACUACAAGGCUGCAGUCAGCAUGCAGAAGGGCGGCCACAGGAAGAGGAUCCUGAUAGGGGUUUGCCUCGCUGUCUCUCUGACCAUCCUCAUCAUCUCUCUGGCUGUGGGGCUCAGUUAGGGGAGCCACCGACAUCCAGACCUGAGGCUGGGUAACCCCUCUGGGCUGAGAGAGGCCUGGUGGAUGGCUCCAUGUCGUCCACACUCUGGUCAAGCUUCAACCACCAUGGUUAAAAGAAGUUAAAUAGUGAAGAGCUGGAACACAUAGUUACUGGGCAGACAGGUUCUGUACCCCCGGCACAUUGGCUCGGGUACCGGUACCCCCUGUAUAUAACCUCGUUAUUGUGUUACUUUUUUUUUUUAAUCAUUUUUUACUUUUGUUUAUUUGGUAAAUAGCGAAGAACACAGGUUCUGCUACUACUUCAUGUUGAGGAUGGCCACAUCCAUAGAAACCCCAUGGACACUAUUGAUAGAUCUCAAUGAAACUACCAACGUCAGGAUAGUGGGUUUGAUUCCUGGGACCACUCGUACAUGAAAUGGCCUGGUAGUUGCUUUGUUUUAUAAGUGUUAAUAACGGCUAAAUGCCAGACAUUAUUGACCUGUCUGUGUCUACAUGUCAUCACCCUACACGUGUGUCUACAUGUCAUCACCCUACACGUGUGUCUAUAUGUCAUCACCCUACACGUGUGUCUACAUGUCAUCACCCUACAUGUGUCUACAUGUCAUCACCCUACACAUGUGUCUGCAUGUCAUCACCCUACACGUGUGUCUACACGUCAUCACCCUACACGUGUGUCUACAUGUCAUCACCCUACACAUGUGUCUACACGUCAUCACCCUACACGUGUGUCUACAUAUCAUCACCCUACACAUGUGUCUACAUGUCAUCACCCUACACGUGUGUCUACAUGUCAUCACCCUACACGUGUCUACAUGUCAUCACCCUACACGUGUGUCUACAUGUCAUCACCCUACACGUGUGUCUACAUGUCAUCACCCUACACGUGUGUCUACAUGUCAUCACCCUACACGUGUGUCUACACGUCAUCACCCUACACGUGUGUCUACAUGUCAUCACCCUACACGUGUCUACAUGUCAUCACCCUACACGUGUGUCUACAUGUCAUCACCCUACACGUGUGUCUACAUGUCAUCACCCUACACGCGCGCGUGUCUACAUGUCAUCACCCUACACGUGUGUCUACAUGUCAUCACCCUACACGUGUGUCUACACGUCAUCACCCUACACGUGUGUCUACAUGUCAUCACCCUACACGUGUGUCUACAUGUCAUCACCCUACACGUGUGUCUGCAUGUCAUCACCCUACACAUGUGUCUACAUGUCAUCAUCCUACACGUGUCUACAUGUCAUCACCCUACACGUGUGUCUACAUGUCAUCACCCUACACGUGUGUCUACAUGUCAUCACCCUACACGUGUGUCUGCAUGUCAUCACCCUACACGUGUGUCUACAUGUCAUCACCCUACACGUGUCUACAUGUCAUCACCCUACACGUGUGUCUACAUGUCAUCACCCUACACGUGUGUCUACAUGUCAUCACCCUACACGUGUGUCUACAUGUCAUCACCCUACACGUGUGUCUACAUGUCAUCACCCUACACGUGUGUCUACAUGUCAUCACCCUACACGUGUGUCUGCAUGUCAUCACCCUACAUGUGACCCAGUCAUGUUGUAUGAGGGCUGCUGUGUUGUUGAAGGAGAUGUUUUGAAGGAGAUGUUUUGCAUGCAGAAGAACUGUGCAGUGUAUGAAUCAUUAUCUAUGACCACAAUGAUAUAAUCAACUACUGGCUGUACUAUGUACGAUGCAUGGCUUCUGUUUUCAGAGAAACCCUGUAUUUAAACAGAUAAUAUAGACAAAAGGGGAAUGGGACAGAAUACAGAAUGCAGAAUAAAAGAAUACAGAAUAAAAGAAUGCCGAAUAAAAUAAUGCAGAAUACAGAAUGCAGAAUACAGAAUAAAAUAAUACAGAAUGCAGAAUACAGAAUAAAAGAAUACAGAAUAAAAUAAUGCAGAAUAAAAGAAUGCAGAAUGCAGAAUACAGAAUAAAAGAAUGCAGAAUAUAGAAUGCAGAAUACAGAAUAAAAGAAUACAGAAUACAGAAUGCAGAAUGUGGAAAUUGUUCUACCUGACCUGUAGCACUCCAAUACUGUCUGUGAGAAUAAUCUUAAGUACUGUGUUGUGUUAUUAAUGACCUGUUGUUUAAGUGUUUUUAUCUACAACACAUUUUCCUCCUCUCUUCACAUGCUGCCUGGGAUGUUUAUUCCUCUUUUUAAAACGUGCAGAAGAAAAUUAUGAUCAUUAUUUGCUGUGUGAUUCUGGGAAUCGUCAUUGCUUCUACUAUUGGAGGAUACCUAGGUAUAGCCUGAGACACACACCAAAGGUCAUGUCAGGAGCCACACACACACACACACACACACACACAAACACAUACAGGUCCACCAGUGGGCCCGUUACCCUGAAUACAACACACCCACACGCAAACACAUACAGGUCCACCAGUGGGCCCGUUACCCUGAAUAGAAAACACACCCACACACAAACACAUACAGGUCCACCAGUGGGCCCGUUACCCUGAAUAGAAAACACACCCACACACAAACACAUACAGGUCCACCAGUGGGCCCGUUACCCUGAAUAGAAAACACACCCACACACAAACACAUACAGGUCCACCAGUGGGCCCGUUACCCUGAAUAGAAAACACACCCACACACAAACACAUACAGGUCCACCAGUGGGCCCGUUACCCUGAAUAGAAAACACACCCACACACAAACACAUACAGGUCCACCAGUGGGCCCGUUACCCUGAAUAGAAAACACACCCACACACAAACACAUACAGGUCCACCAGUGGGCCCGUUACCCUGAAUGCAACAUCCUGUGUUCCUCAGCACAAAGCUCAUUGUGAUCAAUUAUACACACACCGUGUACAGGACAAAGAUGGUCAUUUCUGCAUGACUUCCUUCUUUUGUAAAUGUGUGCGUUUCUGUAAAGUGUUUAUCUGAGUGUUGUGAAAGAUUUUGAAAUGUUUCCAAAAUGUAUUUUUUUAAACGGGGGAGGAAUGUAAGAAACUAAUGCUAUACAUACUAACACAUUCCAAACGUCCAAAUGUUGUGUUGACACAGUUUUGAAACGUUAAUCUAUCCUAACAACCCACCACAUUUCAGACUUUUCCUGACACGGUUAUUUUGAUCAUCAGUGAAUGGUAAUAACCCAGGAUCUUAUUUACUGAAAUUCCUUCAUUAUCUUUAUUACCGUAAUCUUGUUGUCAGUAGUGUUUCAUUUCUACGGUAAUUUCUUCAUUAGUUAUUACUGUAUUCUUGUUCUGUGACAUAGACAUAGACGCAGAAAGAAGACAAAUCCCUGCGCUACAGAGACUAAUACAGGACAUACUUACUAAAAUAUUUUUUUCCAAAAGUUUUUGGUUUGUUAUUAUUAUUAUUAUUUACAUUUUAGUAAUUUAGCAGACGCUCUUAUCCAGAGUGACUUACAGUAGUGAAUACAUUUCAUAAAAAUUUUUUUUCCCGUACUGGUCCCCCGUGGGAAUCAAACCCACAACCCUGGCUUUGCAAACACCAUUCUCUACCAACUGAGCCACAUGGGACCAUUAUUAUGAUUUUUCAGAGGGUGCUGCAGCAGCCUCAGCGCCCAUACUUCCCGCUGCUGGACACAGACUUGACUAUUACAUUACAUAUAUUACACAUGUUAUGUCAUAUAUAAUAUAAUAAUAUAUAAUAUUAAUAUAAUAUUAUGUCAUAUGUAAUAUAAUCAUAUCAUAUAUGAAUAUAAUAGUAUGUCAUAUAAUCUUAUAACUUAAUCAUAUUUAAUAUUAAUUUAAUAUUAUGUAAUAUGUAAAUAUUAUAUUAUGUGUAAUAAUGAUGAGGUCAGUAAACCUGGACAUUCUGCCCCUCUCACUGGGUUCCAUAGACCCUAACUCACAACACUGGGUUCCAUUGACUCUAACUCACAACACUGGGUUCCAUAGACCCUAACUCACAACACUGGGUUCCAUAGACCCUAACUCACAACACUGGGUUCCAUAGACUCUAACACAUAACACUGGGUUCCAUAGACUCUAACUCACAACACUGGGUUCCAUAGACCCUAACUCACAACACUGGGUUCCAUAGACCCUAACUCACAACACUGGGUUCCAUAGACUCUAACACAUAACACUGGGUUCCAUAGACUCUAACUCACAACACUGGGUUCCAUAGACCCUAACUCACAACACUGGGUUCCAUAGACCCUAACUCACAACACUGGGUUCCAUUGACCCUAACUCAUAACACUGGGUUCCAUAGACCCUAACUCACAACACUGGGUUCCAUAGACCCUAACUCAUAACACUGGGUUCCAUUGACCCUAACUCAUAACACUGGGUUCCAUUGACCCUAACUCAUAACACUGGGUUCCAUAGACCCUAACUCACAACACUGGGUUCCAUAGACCCUAACUCACAACACUGGGUUCCAUAGACCCUAACUCACAACACUGGGUUCCAUAGACCCUAACUCACAACACUGGGUUCCAUAGACUCUAACUCACAACACUGGGUUCCAUAGACUCUAACUCAUAACACUGGGUUCCAUAGACCCUAACUCACAACACUGGGUUCCAUAGACCCUAACUCACAACACUGGGUUCCAUAGACCCUAACUCACAACACUGGGUUCCAUAGACCCUAACUCACAACACUGGGUUCCAUAGACUCUAACACAUAACACUGGGUUCCAUAGACUCUAACUCACAACACUGGGUUCCAUAGACCCUAACUCACAACACUGGGUUCCAUAGACCCUAACUCAUAACACUGGGUUCCAUAGACCCUAACUCAUAACACUGGCAUGGUUUAUUUCAAGAUACAGUGACGUGUGUGUUCUAUGGAAAACUAAAGAGGAAAAGGAUGUGGGUUUGGUCGUUGCUCAUGAGCAGUGGUGGAAAAAGAACCCAAUUGUCAUACUUGAGUAAAAGAAAAGAUAUACCUGAAUAGAAAAUGACUCAACUAAAAGUGAAAGUCACCCAGUAAAAUACUACUUGAGGAAAAGUCUAAAAGUAUUUGGUUUUAAAUGUACUUAAGUAUCAAAAGUAUAAAUCAUUUAAAAUGUCUUAUAUUAAACAAACCAGACGACACGAUAUUCUUGUUGUUUAUUUAUGGAUAGCCAUGGGCACACUCCAACACUUAGACAUCAUUUACUAACAAAGUAUUUGUGUUUAGUGAGUCUGCCAGAUCAGAGGCAGUAGGGAUGACCAGGGAUGUUCUCUGUUUAGUGAGUCCUCCAGAUCAGAGGCAGUAGGGAUGACCAGGGAUGUUCUCUGUUUAGUGAGUCCGCCAGAUCAGAGGCAGUAGGGAUGACCAGGGAUGUUCUCUUGAUAAGUUUGUGAAUUAGACAAUAUUCCUGUCCUGCUAAGCAUUAAACAUGUAACGAGAAUUUUUGGGUUUCAGGGAAAAUGCAAGGAGUAAAAAGUACAUUUUCUUUAGGAAUGUAGUGGAGUAAAAGUUGUCAAAAAUAUAAAUAGUAAAGUACAGAUACCCCCCAAAAAACUUACUUAAGUAGCACUUAAAGUAUUUUUACUUAAGUACUUUACACCACUGCUCGUGAUAUUGCCCCAUGCAGCGCCUGGUAAGGAGUCAGUAUUUUUUCAUUUGUUAUUUUUAUUAUGUCACAUCCUAUUCUAGAAGGUCAAGACCCUCAUUUUAACUAUCAACAUCACAGUAUCCCAUAAUGCCUUACCUACUGUACAAUACUGCCUGCUGAAUUCCAGUGUUGUGUUUGUGUUUGUGUGUGUGUGUGUGAGAGAGAGAGCAUUUUGAUGUCUGAACCAAUGUUUUUUGUGUACAAAGUGUAUAUGUUUUGUCUGAGAAAUAGCAUCUACCACUGCCAAUGAUUGUAAAUAUGCUGUUAAGAUGGAGUCUAGAUGGUUGGUCUCUAUUUGUUCUGCUCUGUGAACCCUGUUAUUUUAUCUUCCUGUUCAACUGCAUUUUAGCUUUAACAAAAAGGCUGGGAUUCAUUCAAACCCACCAUAGCAAUGUUUAGGCAAUGUCUUUAUUUACAACGUUAAUCUGGUGUACACACUUCUAAUUGUGAAAAGUGAAAGCAUACCUGUGAAGGAGAGGGGAGGGGUCGACCUGCUAGUAGCUGUAUGUUUUUAUACAGUACCCAAGACCAAUCAGAGUUUAUUUGACCAUUUAGAGAGAAAAAAAAGCUACUGGGUAAAUAUUGCAAUAUGGGUUUGAUUGAAUUGAGCCCCUAGGUAUUUUGUCCUACCGUGCUACUCAGUUCUGUUUUGGUUGGUCUGUGAGGGAGAAAAUAGAUCACAAACAAACCACAACCGUGAUGCCUACUCAACGUGUUGCCUUUGUGUUGUGAUGCGGUGUUUUGCUUUUGUUACUUCCAUUAUUAAGUAAAGUUUGUCUGUACGUAA